AUGGCCCGAGACAGACUAGGCAGAAACAGAGAUGUCUCGACGUCAGUUGGAAACACAAAUAUUGGCUAUUCCCCAGACUCGACUGCAUCGGGGAUGCCCCCACUUCGGCCUUCGCAGGAACAUGUUUCUGUGAAUCAGUUUAACGCGGCAGAAGUUUCUACUUUUCUGAAUAGAAGUUGGAAAGAAGCACUAAAUCAAUUGUAUGAUAGCAGUCUUCCUGAAGCUGGUAAAGAUAUGGCAGUUGAUAAGUAUUUAGUGUUGAAGUUUGUUUUUUACAUGUAUCUUAAUUACAGCAUGAAUGGGCUGACGCAAUGGAAUCUUCUUUUAGAAAAACCAGUUUCGUAUAAGAAUUUGGAGAAAGCUUGGGGGGGUAAAGGUUGGGCACAGAAAGGUGAAGUAAAUUAA